GUUUGAAGCGAGAGUCGACCACAAGAGACAAAAGAAAAGAUCGUUUAAAUCUCUUUUCCUUACUUGUAGUUUUUUUCCUUUUCGAAAUCCACAUUUUCUUAUACCAGAUCAGGCAUAAGAGACUCUUCUCAAACAUUAACGGCAAGAUUUAUAAUGUCUUUCUUCGGUAACAAUAACACAAAUAAACCAGCCGGAUCCGGAUUUUCGUUUGCUGCAGGUACUACUCCCGCCAAUUCAGGCUUUUCAUUUGGAAGUUCAACUGCAACACCUGCCUCGACUGCUGGUGGAUUCGGUGGGUUUGGCACCAACACAAGUACACCUGCCCCCUCUAAUACUUUAGGUGGGUUUGGCGGUACAGCUACCAGCUCAGCACCUGCCACGGGUGGUUUUGGCGGGUUCAAUACAACUUCUGCACCUGCGAAUGCUAGUGGAGGUGGCUUUGGCGGAUUCAAUACAACAUCUACACCUGCGAAUGCUAGUGGAGGUGGCUUUGGCGGGUUCAAUACAACUUCUGCACCUGCGAAUGCUAGUGGAGGUGGCUUUGGUGGUUUUGGUUCCACUGCCUCUAAGCCUGCCUCGGGCGGAUUUGGUGGUUUCGGCGCCACGACAACCCCUACUUCCACUGCUGCUGCACCUGCUGCCACUGGUGGUUUCAGUUUCGGUUCGAAACCUGCUACGCCUAGCCUUGGUGGUGCAUUCGGCACGGCAGCAACAUCUGCUACUACCGCUACUACAGCUGCCACAACAGCACCUGCGGCAAGCACUGGAUUUAGUUUUACCACACCUGCUAGCACCACACCCACUUCAACAGCAACAACAACAGCCCCUGCCUCUGGAGGCUUUGCUGGAUUUGGAGCCACACCUAAACCUGCAAGUGGUUUCUCUUUUACAACUUCAACAACUUCAGCACCAUCAUCUACAGCCACUGCAACUACGACCAACGCUUCACAAAAUACCGCAGCACCUAGUUUUGCUGGUUUUGGAUCAAAGACAAGUGGUGCUUCUGCUCCAGCAACAACUGCUACUACAACCUCAACAGCGCCUGCUACUACAACAGGCACAACAACGCUUACUACACAGCCUACUGUUUCAGCCGAAAAAUCGGUUUCUGUUCCUUUACCUACUUCAUUAAGAAAUAAAACCAUGGGCGAAAUUCUCAACACUUGGACAAAGGAGUUAGAGGAACAGACACGUGAUUUCCACCGACAAGCCAAUAUAGUCGCUCAGUGGGAUCAAAAGUUGAUUGAAAACGGUAACAGCAUCUCCGAGUUAUGGAAUAAGGUCACCAAGAUUGAAGCUCAUCAGCAGGAAGUGGAACAAAACUUAACAUACAUCAACUCUCAACAAGAAGAACUCAACUCCUUGCUUGACACUUAUGAGAAGCAAAUUAAGGAAGUCUUUGACGAAAGUAAUUUACAACAACCAAUGCAGCCUGCUGACGUACAAAGAGAAAAAGCUUAUGCAUUGGGUGAGAAUCUCAAUCACCAGUUGGAUGAUAUCAGCAGAAAUUUGAAUGUUAUGGUCGAGGAGAUUAAUAAGAUGGGUAACACCAAACAAGUAUCUUCUUCAGACGAUGAUGAUGUGGUUGGUCAAAUCGUUCAAAUCCUCAAUUCCCAUUUAUCUUCAUUACAAUGGAUCGAUUCACAUACAAUGAAAUUGCAGAGUAAAAUCCAAGAAGUUACUCGUUUACAAGAAGAGGCAGCUAGAGAACAAGAGCCUUCUCUGCGCAAGUAAAUUGUAACUCAUAGAACAGUUGCCGUGUGUUGUUGACGAUAAGCAUAGUGUACACUUCAUGCAAUUUCGACCUCUUUCUAUCUAUAUCUUUUAAAAUAAUUGCUUCAACCUUCAUUUCAUUCAUUCUAUCAACAUCGUUACGAUGUGGAUAG